AUGUCAGUCAAUUAUACCCCUGGUGACGCCCUCUUGAUCAAGUCUGGUCCUGAGAGCUUGUUGCACCAGAUCGUUGUCUUCAAGGAACCUUGUGAGGACAACACUACGAAGUGUGUUGUCCACCAGUUGACGUCUGUGGAGGAAUUGAUCCUCCCUUUUGCGUCGGUGCAAAAACUUUGUGUUGGCAACUACUUUCGUAUGCUGGGCACUCGCAUGUACAACGCACCCCUGAUCCAAGCUGAGGAUAUCGCGAGGGCUGGUGCAUGGUCGUUUGCCAAUGAGCGAAAUCAUGCGGUUGUGUAUCGUACCCCGUCUCCCGAGAGUAAUCGUCGUACUGUUCGCAUGCUGUUGCAGACACUCACCGAUCAAGAGGCCCGCCUUGAUGAGAUUUACAACGACCGUGCUCGCCUACGAGAGCAAGUCAGUGCACUCGAGAAUCGCGUCCAAGAGCUGGAGAACUUUCUACAUGAACAGGAUGUGAUUCCUACUGGUCUCUAA